CUAAAGACGUGCAUUUAGAUGUUUUUGAAUGUAUUCCUUGGCAAGCAGCAGAUUGGAAGGUGAAUCCUGGAGUGGUGGUGGAUUUAGUGAAGGAAAUCAAAAUGUCUCAAUAUAUCCGGCCCAGAUCUUCCAUUGUUGUAUUAUCAAGUGAUGGAGCUUCGAAAAGUGGAAUGUUUUGUGCUGUGUUCAGUGCAUUAGAAGAACUAAUGACUGACCAUGAAGUUGACAUCUUCACCAUAGCUCGCCAGCUUCAGAUUCGCAGACCAGAAUUUUUCUCUGAUUUUACGGAAUACAGAUUUUGUUAUGAAGUUGUGUCUGAAUACCUCAGAGGUGACAUGGUAUAUGCUAACUGUUAACUGGUUUUCGUAUUAAGUGAUUGCAUUUUCCAAACAACUGAUGAUGAAUAUUGGAAAUAUAUAGAUAACCCAUAGACAAUAUUUAUCAGAUUUCGUAUUGUAGUUGCGUGUUUCAAGCUGCGUAAAAGCGAGAAUUAGGAUCCAAAUGGU